ACAAUGCUUAUAUAUAACCGGUUAACCGUUUACCAUCCAUACUGAAUCUUCCUAUUACCGUGUGAUCUUGUCGGCAUGAGAAUAUAGAUAAAAAUUAAUAAUAAUUUUUACUAACAAUUGUUAUACUCGUAAAAGAGAAGAAACUUUAAGUAUAUACAUACAAUAUUUAUAUAUUAGCUUAAACAAAAAAUAAUCGAAUAUGACUAAAGUUAAGCAAAAUACAAAAGCCAGUUCUCAUAAUAAACCUGCAAAAGUCAUUAAAAAUAAUGCUAUCCAUAAAAAGAAAAAUGAAAAAUUUGCGAACACACCAACUGGUAAGGUACAUUUAAUCAAUGGAAACAAAAUGCAGAAUAAUUCAAAUCAAUUAAGUAAUGAACAGAAACAAAAGAAUGACUUUAAAAAGAAGAGUUCAGAAUCUUUGGACAGUAAAAAUGCUUCUCCACAAAAUAAUAAACAAUUUCCAAAAGAUAAAAAAAAUGUAGCAUAUAAGAAGAAUAAAACUGACGAAUCUUUAAAUGAUACAAAUGAAGAUGUUAUGCUACCAAAUGAUAGUAUUACUUCACAAAAUGAUAAUGAUAAAGUACCAGAUAUCUUUGGACAAAGUUUGGCAGAUGAUACAGAUGAAGAUGAUACUGAUUUUAAUGAAAAUGAAGAGUCUAAUGAAGAUGACGAGUAUGAAUAUAAUAGUGAUGUAGAUAAUACCAUUUCACCACAUAAAGGAGUACAAAUGUUUAAAGGAGUAAAAAAUAAAAAUUCUGAUUCUACUGAAGAAAGUGAAGAUGACUAUGACAGUGAAAAUUAUGAUGAUACUGAUAAUGAUGACGAUGGCGAUGACGAUGAUGACGAUUACAUGGAUUCUUAUGAAGAAGAUGAAAAGGAUAUAAAAAAAUCUGAAGAAAAAAAGAAGAGAGUUGAAGAAGAAGGUGAUGAUGACGACCAGGACGAUGAUGAUGAUGAUGAUGAUGAUGAUGAUGAUGAUGAUGAUGAUGAUGACGACGACGACAAUGACGAUUCUUUUCGUGAUCUUUAUGAAGAAGACGAAAAUGAUGAUAUGGAUGAAUCUCAUCGCAAAACAAACAUUUCACCUGUAGGUAAAAAUAAGAAGAAAAAAGAUAGUUUUAAUGAAGAAAAUGACGAUGAUGAGGAAGACGAUGAUGAUGAAGAAGAUAAUGAAGAGUCUACUCCUACUUUAAAAGAUCUUUUAGCAAACAGCAUUGUGGAUGAUGAAAAUGAUGAAGAUUUUAAGGGAGACGAUGAAGAUGAUGAAGAUAUUGACAUCAGUGAUGAAGAAUCAGAGUCUGAAGAACUCGAAAUAAAUAAAAGAACAAUUUAUAUUAGUAAUAUUCCAAAUAUUGUAAAGAAAGAAGAAAUAAAGAAAGUAUUUAAACAAUUUGGUCAUAUUGAAAAUAUACGGGAAAGACGUAUAGUUCCAAAAGAUUUGAUGAAGAAGAAAAAAGUAGCUGCUAUAAAAAAUCAGAUACAUCCUAAAGUAGACGUUACUACUAUGUUUGUUGUAUAUAAAACGGUAAUAGCGGCUCAAAAAGCAUUAAGUAUGAAUGGAAAGAAAUUCGAAGGCAAUUACUUAAGAGUAGACUCUGUUGAUAAACUGAAAAAGAAACCAGAUAAUAAGAAAGCUGUGUUCUUAGGAAAUUUAUCUUUCACAAUCAAAGAUAAUGAUGUUUGGGAACACUUCAAACAAUGUGGAGAAAUUCAUUCUGUACGAUUAAUUAGAGAUACAAGGAAAGGCACAGGAAAAGGAAUAGGAUAUGUUAAUUUUCAAAGCGAAGAUUCUGUACCUCUAGCAUUAGAAUUAAAUGGAUCAACUCUUCUAAAUCGAGAAAUACGAGUAAAACGGUAUUCUACAGAUGACAAAUCGAAACAGAAAUUUAAAAACAAGAAUAAAAGAUCACUCUCAGUAAAUAAUGAAGUUAAUAAAUCAUCAAAGAAAUUCAAAUCUAAUGAUGCAGAUAAAACUACUCCAGCAGAGAAUAAUAAAAAGAAAUUGAAACUUAAAAAUAAAUUACACAAAGACAGUACCCCGAAUGUUUCAGUAAAGAAAAAUACCACCUUUCAAGGAGAGAAAGCUACUGUAGAAAAGAAAAAGAAGAAGAAGUCUAAGUUGGAACAAGAGAAAAAGAAAAUGGCUGCAAUACUUACUACAAAGUCCAAAAAAGUACAGAAAGUCUAAUUUGAUUAUUGUGUGACUUCUUUUAUGUAUAAAAUAUCUUCAACAUACAGAAUCUUCUGCAGUGCAGAUGUUUUAUCAUAUUUGUACCAAAUUUAAGUUUUUUGCAAAUUAUAAACAUCAUAUAAAUUAAUUUUACAAUGAAUAUUAUCAUCAGUGAGAUACGAAGUUUAUAACAUUGUUCCUAGAAAAUAUUUAUCCUUAAAUCUUGUAAAGAGAAUAACAAGAUAAUGAUUAAUUGAUUUGUAAAAAAUUCUUCAGAAACAAAUAAUUUAUAUCCUCUAUUAAUAUAGUACCUCUAUUUGAAAGUUGUAUUUUAUAAUCAUAAAAAUAUAUGAAACAAAUGAUAUAUUUUCAGUA